UAAGCCUGUCUCCCUUGCCAUCAGGAAACAGAACACAAAUUUGUCCUUCUCGCUACUAUCGUUAUCGCACCCGUGGCGCCUGAGACAAUUUAUUCUCGCCUAACAAAAGUUUGGACACCAGCAAAACUGGACUCGGGACUGGACGGACAGCGUAACUCCGAUAUCGCAAUAUUAUUUUGUGGAAUUAACACAAUGGAGCCAGCCUUUGGGGAGGUGAACCAAUUAGGUGGUGUUUUUGUUAACGGCAGACCGCUGCCCAAUGCCAUCCGGCUCCGGAUUGUAGAGCUUGCCCAGCUGGGAAUCAGGCCUUGCGACAUAAGCAGACAGCUCCGGGUCUCUCACGGCUGCGUCAGCAAGAUACUAGCCCGGUACAACGAGACUGGCUCUAUAUUACCUGGAGCGAUCGGGGGCAGCAAGCCACGGGUCACCACGCCCACAGUGGUCAAGCACAUUCGGACAUACAAGCAGAGAGAUCCUGGCAUUUUCGCCUGGGAGAUUCGGGACAGGCUACUGGCUGACGGCGUCUGCGACAAAUUCAACCUACCAUCCGUCAGUUCCAUCAGCCGAAUCCUGCGCAACAAGAUUGGGAAUCUGAGCCAUCAGAACCAGUACGAGUCGAGCAAGCAGGCGCCUCACCCACCACCACAACCUACGUUGCCGUACAACCACUUAUACUCAUAUCCAACUCCCAUCGCAGCUACUGGAACCAAAGUACCAACUCCUCCCGGCAUGCCCACCCUUCCCGGACACAUGGCUAUGCACAGGAUAUGGCCUUCCUCGCACUCCGUCACAGAUAUUCUGGGGAUUCGAUCAAUAACAGAGCAACAAAUUAGUGACAGUCCGUCCUAUUCCACCGCCAAACUAGAGGAAUGGAGCGCUAUUAACAGGACUAACUUUCCUCCAGCAAGCUCUCCACUAGUCAAUGGCUUGGAUAAAGCGCAUUUAGAACCCGAAGCAAAAUACACACAGACGCAGAGUGGCUUGCCCAUAGUGAACAGCUAUGCCACAGUGCCCAGCAUCCCUCCCUACCACCCUCCCACCCAAGCGUCGCCCUACAUGGGGUACAGCGUCACCACGUCGGCCUAUGUGACCGGUCACACAUGGCGACCGCCCAGUGGCAGUGCUCUCUCUCCCCACAGCUGUGACGUCGCCGCCCCGCUGGCCUUCAAGAGUAUGACAGCCAACCGGGACGCCUUUCACCCCUGUCACGGCCUCAGCACUGUAAACUGAAAACGGAGGGGGUGGAGGAAGGAGAAGGGUGGCGGAAGGAGAGGGGUGGAGAAAAAGGGAGAGGUGGGGAGGAGUAACAGAGGGCUCCCCUUGCUCCCCUGGUGUCCUGUGUGGGUAUGUCAACGUCCUCUCCUCUGUAUUUAUAUGAAGGACCUUCCCCAAGGACCGAAUCCGGUGCUGUUCGUCUGGGGGGGAAGAUCUGCUUAACACCAGCUCAACACGGCAUUAAAAUAAAGACAUGGGGAAGGAAAGUGUUUCCAUCCUAAAUGACAGGCCUGGCCUGCUGGCCUCCACAACACAACUCAACAGGACAGGUGUACUGAGGGACCUGUGGUGUUCUUACGUCAACAUUGUGAUAUCUGUUACGGAGAGCUUGUCUCUGAAUUUCUUGUCUACACACUUCACUGUCUCUGGGGGAAAGAGGGGUAGGCCUGCAGUAUGACUUCACAAAUAAGCAAUCUUAAGAAAAAGAAAACAGUUUGCAUUUAAGUGUUUCAGGGUGUUUAUCAAUUUCCAUUGUUUUUUAAUGUUUGUAUUUGAUUUUUGUUUUUAUUGUUUUCAUAAAAGCAUCAGUUUUACUGAC